AUGCCCAUUUCGCCCUUGGCCUUAACGUGGGUGACCGCCCACUUGAAACGGCGAGGUUUGCCGUGUAAUAUUCCGGGUGUUACGGCGGCUGAAGUCUGUUCUGAAGAGGAACCGAAGCCGGCUGCCGAGCCACAACACGAGGCAAAACCUCUCUCGCCUGAUGAGCUUCUUCAGGCGCUGGGUCAUUGCUUCACUUCACAACCGCCCAAGAAGGAAAUGACUAGUAAUCAAAAUCUCGUAAAGAACCCUAAUGGCUUAGCUGAACAUGAAACAUCUCUUAGUCCGCAGCACAGAUCAACCCCACAACGUGUUGCAUCUGGUAUUGUUAAACUAGUGGAACAACAUGAAGAGCGGUCAGCCGCCACCAAAGGUACCACACAGUCAUUGUUGCUAUUAAACACUGUUUUGACCGCAUGUAUGCGACACGCACUUCGUUAUAGUCGGUUGGAUGCCUCUAAAGGUGAAGAUGUAACGGCUAGUGGAGGUGAUGGGGCGAGUACAGUUUCACCUUCGCAACAAAUAGCGUUUCCCUGGUCAGCGGACAGGGCGGCGAAUCACUUAUUGCAUGUGUUUAGUGACGAUGCUGUGCAGAAACAACUGCGUACUAGAUUGUGGAAAAUCGUAUCGAAAGAACAUAAACAAAUUGUCGGGGAUGCUACGAAGUUGUUUCGUAGCUUACCCAUUGAUGGUAGCGGCGCCAUCAAUUUUGGGGAAGGCACCAGUGUUGCGGAGGAGGAACUGAAGAGGAUGUUUUACAUUCCGGAAAGUACCGUUGUUGCUACCUACGACGCCAUUCGGAAAUUAUACAACGCCGAGGAGCCUACUCUUAUCCUCUCUGAUGCGUGGUCGAGUGGUGUCAAUGGCGGGGAAGUAUCACUACUAAGUGAAUGCCAUUUCGUUUAUGAAGUAUCCUCCCAGCACCUUGCUGACUUACUAAUGCAGGAGGUGCGGGCAAAUGCCAUGAAAGAGGAAAAAACGAAGGCGGAGAACUGCGAAGAUCUCGGAGCCGCUUUGCAGCAACCAUACUCAAAGUUUACUUCGCAAUUUUGCACUCUUUUGAUGGAAAUGAGUCGGGUGCGGAUGGCAGCGGCGGUUCUUAUGCAGUUUGAGAUCCUCGCGCGUCGAAUCGCUCUUUUAGCUAAAGGACCAACGGUAAAUCAACAACGAGGAUCGUGUGAUACCUUUGUUGAUUUGGGUGUAGCAGUUGCAGCGCAAGAACUCUGCACGCUGGCCGUGACUUCAUCAUCACGAGUAUUGGAAACUGCACUUCACAAAAAGCGUUUUACAACUCUAUUCCGCGUUACAGUAGGCGAGUCGCCGUCUUUAACCUCUCGUGGCGAUCAACGAAAAAGCUCUAAUGAUGAGCAGAACGGUGCUGUUGUUACCGGUCCACUGCCCACACUCGGCUCCGCUUUUGCGCUUCUUUCAUUGGGAUCACCAAUUAAGAAGGUAGCAGCGGUGGAACGGGCGAAGGCAAGAGCUUCUUCAGAGGUUGCUCUUGCUGCCAAUUCUACGGAUGUUCUUGGCGAUUCUGGAAGCUGUGAGCACAACAACUCUUCUGUUGGUCCUGGAGAUCCGUCGGGCGUUAGGUCUGUGGAUUGUGCGGCAACAUACGGUGCGUUCAUGCAAACCAUUAUGAAAGCCGCUGGUGCUACAAAUAGCUGCGCUACACUGGAUGGGAAGCGCUGCAAAGGCAAAGCAAGACACACCACAAGUACGGAAGGUGCCCCUUCUGGUACGAGUGGCGGAAUUCAGCAGCAUCGGAACGAGCAGACAGAGCCGAGUGCCACAUGGAAGUUUCGGUGUUGCCGGAUGCAACGCGAUAAUGUGUUGGACGCGCUGGAGGCGAUUCCCUGCGCUGAGAAGGAUGCAAAAGUGCAGUUACUUAGGUCGUCAACGGACAUUCCAUGGCCUUUCACAUUGGAUGCAAUACCUGCUGAUGGUGGUAGAAGCAACCUUGAUUGUGGGGGCGGUAACUGUGGAAGUUCGAAUUCAUCCACCCUCUUGCAGGCAACUAGUGGUUUCACAUCCACUGUGACUGAUAUGACAGUGCGGAUGAAAUUUAACGAAUCCUGGUUUCCCCCUACGGAGCGUAUGCACACUUCUGCUUGUACUGCACACGAUGGCGGAGGGACGACAACAACUCAUGGUACUGGUUUUACUCCCAUGGACUUUCAGCACGCCUCACAACUGCAGCGCGUCCUGGCCUUCAACGAUGGUCGUUUUUUAUUUAUGAAUGGUUGUCCUGCGAGUAAAGUUAAACCUUUGAAUCGCCUCGCGCGGGAGUCGCUGAAACUGGUGGUACGCUUUCGCUGA